AGGUUGCUGCUGAGUCCGGUCCACACGCAUGACGAAACAUGGAGAGCGUAGGCAACAAUACCACAUUAUAUGAUGAGGACGCCCUUUAUCCAAGCGAACUCACAGAAAGGGAGUUCGUGGUCAAAGAAAUCACUACGAACGUUACGUGGCCGAUCGAAAAAUGCAUAGAAAUCCUCCUACUGAACGAGACAAAGACUGACGAUAUCAUGAGGCGUGUGCACACGUACAACGGAACACAAUUCAUGUGUUCCGAACACGCCCCUGUGCUAACUAAAAGCACUGUAAUUAGAGCGAGUAUACUAUCGGCGAUGGCCGUGCUCUCGCUCUUCGGUAAUUUAGCUACAAUAAUUAGCUUAAAGAGAGGCAAACGGAGUAGGGGGCGGGCGAGACCCUCUUGGACGGCAAUAUACAGCUUAAUAUUCCAGCUUAGUAUAGCUGACGUACUAGUUACUAUAUUCUGUAUCGCCGGAGAAGCGGCGUGGUCUUUUGCAGUGCAAUGGUAUGCUGGCAACAUUGCUUGCAAGCUGUUCAAGUUCCUUCAAAUGUUCGCUUUGUACUUGAGCACGUUCAUACUAGUCUUGAUUGGAGUGGACCGAUGGCUGGCCGUCAAAUAUCCCAUGAAAAGCAUGGCCACCGCAACGAGGAGUGGAAAACUAGUCAUUAUUGCGUGGGUGUUGAGUUUCUUGUUGAGUAUACCACAGGCAGUGGUUUUUGGAGUGGCUAAAGGCCCUUUCGUGGAGGACUUCUACCAGUGCGUCACGCAUGGGUUCUACACGGAAAGGUGGCAGGAGCAAGCGUACACUACUCUGUCCUUGAUAUUCAUGUUUAUCUUGCCUCUCCUCAUAUUAAUAUCCACGUAUGUGUCCACAGUGAGAACUAUUGCAAAGAGCGAAAAAGUCUUUCAGCCUGAAGUAAUGAGACACGGAAAUUAUUUGACUCCCGAUAUGAACCGACGGAGGCUGAUAGAUCGAGCUAAGAUGAAGUCCCUGAGGAUGUCAGUAGUAAUAGUCGCUGCUUUCAUCGUCUGGUGGACGCCGUACUAUGUGAUGAUGAUUAUUUUUACGUUCCUCAAUCCGGACAAGAAUCUUAGCGACGAGCUUCUAUCCGGGAUCUUCUUCUUCGGGAUGUCCAACAGUCUAGUCAACCCUGUGAUCUACGGAGCAUUCCAUUUGUGGCCAAAGAAAAAAGUGUCAAGACACAGUGACAGGUUAGUAUCAGAAUAUCAGACGAAGCGCACUAAAUAG